UUUUUUAAAUUUGUUUUGGUGUUGUAAUCAGGCCUAUAACCAGGGAUAGGGGGUCCUUUGGAGCCUAAAAUUCGGCGCAUAAAAAUUUUCCACCUUGCCCACCUCCCCCGAAAAAAUCCUGGUUACGGGCCUGGUUGUAAUAGACUAUCGAACAUUUUUUCGAUAGUCUAAAAAAUUUUUUAAUUGUCGUGACAUACGGGGGUGUUAUUCAUUUUCAGGCAAUAUUUCCUCAGCUUAUUCUCUAACCUUUUUUUAUCCGGUUCUUGUGACUGGAGAGGAACUAGCUUCAAAAUACAAGCAGUUCCAUAGGGGGUGUGGGUCCAUUGAAUGAUUCCAAAAAGUGACUGAAAAUUGUUCAAUUAAAUAGAUUUUCCAGAUUUUUGAUAAAAAAUAUUUUCUAAAAUGUCAGCAACAUUUGCUAUUAUUACUUGCCAUCGUUCUCUUUCUCAAUUUUGUCAAGUCAGGCAAUUUUCAAUUUUAAGACGAAGUACUCAACUUUUUUUUUUUCACGAACAUUUGAGAGUUCGACUGCCUAGAAAUGAAAGGCUAAAGCAAAAGUUGGAAGAUGAGAAGAACGAAAAUAUACCCAGUGGUCUCUUUCAGAAACUCAAAUAUUAUUUAAAACGUUAUUGGUAUAUUGCUAUACCUGUUCAUUAUGUUCUUUUUGCCUGUUGGUUUGGUGUUUUCUACUUUGCUGUUCAUUUUGGCCUAAAUGUUGUUGGUUUGCUUGAAUUUUUCCAUCUACCCGAAAAUUGGAUUCAAAAAGUGAGAGAAAUGCCUAAAGCUGCGAGUACAUUGACGGCUACUUUUAUCUUAAUCAAGAUUUUUACACCAAUUCGUUAUGCAUCAACAAUUAUUGGAACAAAUUUAACUUAUAAAGCAUUAAAACAUUUGGGAUGGCUUCGAACUGUCAGACAACUAGAAUAUCGUGGUCGUAUUGAAUUUGAAAAGUUGAUGAGAAAAAUGAAUGAAAGAAGAAUUGCUGCUGCUGCAAAAUAUAGAAAAAAGAAUGGAAAUGGAAAAGGUUUAAAUGGAGAUAAUAAAAAGGAACAAAAUUAA